CUCACAUUCCUGUGGCUUUGGGCUUUGAUGUUUACGGAUUGAUGGGUAUCCGAUUUCGAUCCUUUUGUCACAGUUUUGUAUCUUCCUUUUUCCACUUUUGGCCAUUAGAUGGUUAAAUAUUAAAAGAGUGAGCAGGCAUUCAGGUAGAACUAUCCGGAACGCGCGACUACUUGUUGCUCUGCAGAGUACAGACCCCGAGUAGGUUUAGUAGCUCACACCGGGGCGCUCUCGCCGAAUCAGGAGGAGUCCGUCACGAAUCCGGCUAUCACUUACGGUCAACUAAUUUUGGAUCGCAGAGGAUUUCAACUAUGGGAGCACAUCGUAAUGUCAACAAGAGGAAGAAGGAUACAUCCAAGAUCCGCCGCGAGAGGAAGGAAAUCAAGCGGACAAAAGCAGCUACAAGCAUUCUUCGACGAGAGGGUAGACCUGUGACUGAAACUACCGUGAAGAAUACAGUUAAAGACCUUCAAGGGAAACAGAAGACACUCCAACACCGACUGUCGAAGAAGAAGCAGCGAAAGAUUGUGAAACAGCUGAUGCACGAAAAGAAGUUACAAAAUCAAAUGGAAGUGGAAACCGGCACGCUUACUGUAAGCAAACCAGUGAACGAUGUAGAAAUGAGGUAACCAAGGGUCCAAGAAUUGUCAAAGGAUUAAUUUCGGUGUUUGUUUGGGUUUACAAUUGUUGAUGCCCCAUCGAAUCGUUUCUUUUUGCUGUCGAAUUUAAAGUACAGUACCAUAUUUUGAAUGCGUAUGUUAGUACUCUGUACUUAUCGUUAUGAGUUUCUUUAAAAUUAAUAUGGCAUUGCAGUAAGUUUACUGCAGCCAAUUUAUGUUAUUAAUUUCUGUUAUCGUUGAAAAUCGAAAAUUUUAUUAAAUCACUUGUACGA